AUAUCAAUCCGAUAACGAAGUCGUCAUUGAGGUUAGGUUACCGUCACGUUACACGAUCGCGUGUGCAUAAUGCGCUGUGCGAUUUUGUAUUAAAGUUACCGGGGAAGUUUCGCGCCGAGACGUCUCUCAUGAUCAACGGCCCCGAUCGUAAAUGACAGGUCGUCCCGACGAAGUGCUGCUAUAAAGGAAACAUGGCCGCGACAGCGAAGACGGUACUGCCGGAGGAGAGCGAGCUAACCGUUCAAGAGCUGAACGUCAGCUGGCCGGUGUUGCAAACCGCGUCCGUUUAUAUCGGCAAGGCCUGUGAAUGGUACAACAAUGACUUUAUGUUGUGCAGACAAGAAGAGCGUGACCCACGUCGCUGUAUCGAUGAGGGAAAAGCCGUGACCGCUUGCGCAAUGAAUGUUCUUAAAAAUAUGAAGAAACACUGCCUAGAAGAUUUUAACGCUUAUAUGUCCUGCCUUGAGAGGUCAACGGGAAAAUUGGAAUUAGAGCCAUGUCGACUGACGCAAGCUGCCUUGGACGAAUGUGUUCGUAAGAAUUUGAACAUAGAACGUCCGCCCUUCGGAUACUUUUGCGAGGCUAAAGUGCAUAACACAUCGAGGCCGCGGCCGCCGAAAGAGGAGCCUACGGUGUUUCCAGAUCCAACUCCUGGACUGUCAGCCGACAUACCACGUGAGAAAUCGAAAUAUAGCAAUCGCUUGUGGUAUAAAUCCUAAAUCUCUCAACGAACGUUGUUAUAGUACUUUGAUUGUGCUGCAAAGAUUAUAUGUUUUCGAGAUUCGGGACGCGUCAGGUAACUAGACAAUUAUAGGGAAACGAGCGUGUGUAAUUUUCAGUGCGCGCACUGAACGCACCUACAACGUAGAAACGUUCCUCAUAUGAAAACAGAAUUGUACAUGUUCUGUGAAUAUAAACAUAUUAACGACAAGAUAAGUGAUAAUUUGCUUGUUGUUAUACCUUGUACAAAUAUAAAUACGAAACAUACAAAAUAUACUCAUUGUUUAUCCACCUUAA